AUGUCGGAAGCCAGUCUCGUGCAGGCUGAUACCGAAAUGGAGGUGCCUGAAGCAACGGCGACAUCGGAACAGGUCAGUGACGUAGUUUUGGACUUCGGCGUGGACGUGAUGCCGGCUAGCGCUACUUUGCUUCGACUGGCCUCCCCUGUCUUCAACCGCAUGCUUGAGAGCGGUAUGAAGGAAGCACAGCAAAGGGUCAUCAAGGUGGAUGUGGCAAGCAAGCAGGAGUUCACAAUCUUCUACGACUUACUCGGACCUAUGGCAUGGAGCACCGAUAAAGUGCAGGAGGAUAAUGUUGAUUCACUUCUUGCAAUCAGCGACUACUACCAGGUGAAGACGAUCAAAGAGACCUGUGAGACUUUGCUGCUUGGUCUUUCGCCCACUGGCGAUCGCCUGGUGCAAGCGCACAAGCACGGCCUCGAAAGGCAGUACAAAAGGUGCAUCAGUGAGUUGGCCAAAUUCAGCACGAAGGAAGACCUGGAGGUGCUCCGCCAAUCCGGGCCCGACAUGCUGCUGGAGGUGGCCCUCAAAAAGCAAGAUAUGUUGAAUCCGAUCGUCGCCUUGCAGGAUGAGAUCUUCCAGUGCGAGGCCUGCGUCCGCACUGCCCCGUUUGGCAAAGGUGGGGGGCUGUUUGGGAAGUCUCAAUCCGAUGCUGAUCUUGCGAAAGUCCGGGCGCCUUUGAAAAGGUUGCUGGAACCUCUGCUUCAGGCGGUGCGGGAACCUCAAGGUGGACAGAUUUUUGGAGACUGGGGCGCAUGA